UUCCCGGCGCCGCUCCCAGUCCCGAUCCCGAUCCCGGCCCCCGGCCCGUGAGGGCGGCUUGGGGCGGUCCGAUGCGGCGGCAGGCAGGAUGCACCAGAAGCUGCUACGCAGCGCGCACUACAUCGAGCUGGGCAGCUACCAAUACUGGCCGGUGCUGGUGCCCCGCGGCAUCCGGCUGUACACGUACGAGCAGAUCCCGGUGUUCCUGAAGGACAACCCCUACAUCACCGAUGGAUACCGCGCCUACCUGCCCUCCCGCCUCUGCAUCAAGAGCCUCUUCAUCCUCUCCAACGAGACCGUCAACAUCUGGAGCCACCUGCUCGGCUUCCUGCUCUUCUUCACGCUGGGCAUCUACGACCUGACGGCCGUGCUGCCGGCGGCCGGCGCCUCCCGCGAGGAUUUCGUCAUCUGCUCCGUCUGCCUCUUCUGCUUCCAGGUCUGUAUGCUUUGCUCAGUAGGAUAUCACCUGUUCUGCUGUCACCGCUCUGAGAAGACCAGCCGGCGCUGGAUGGCACUGGAUUACGCGGGAAUUUCCAUCGGGAUCCUGGGCUGCUACGUAUCAGGGGUGUUCUAUGCCUUCUAUUGCAGUAAUUACUGGCGCCAGGUGUAUUUGAUCACUGUGCUGGCCAUGAUCCUGGCAGUGUUUUUUGCUCAGAUCCACCCCAGUUACCUCACACAGCAGUGGCACAGGCUGCGCUCCAUCAUCUUCUGCUCCGUGUCUGGCUACGGAAUAAUUCCCACCAUCCACUGGGUUUGGCUCAAUGGUGGUGUUGGUGCAUCCAUUGUACAGGAGUUUGCUCCGCGGGUAUUUGUCAUGUACUUCAUCGCUGCUGUAGCUUUUCUCUUCUAUAUUUCCAAAGUUCCAGAAAGAUACUUCCCAGAGGCAGCACAAGAGGAUUCGUGACUCCAAGGGCCUGGACCUCAUGUGAUGAGCUGUACUGUCAAGGACUGAGGCAGUUCCUUUCCUGACUCCUGGACUGUUAUCCCCUUGCUGGGACAAAGUGUUACUGCAAGCUUUGAUAAACGCAGCGGCACUGCCUGGGAUCUGAGGGGCAUUUCCUCCUCAGCCAGUUCCUGCUCUGCAGUCAAGCACCAAACAGCAGAAAGCUCAGCUAACUUGGCAUGCAGGAUGUUUUGUUGCCUGGCAAACACAAACAGCUCAGCCAAGGGUACUCAGGCCUGGACAACAGGUUUUUGGAUGGUGUGCACCAUUAAGAGAACACUUCUGACAGUGUGCCUGUAAAAUUGUAGGAACUGUGGGAGCCGGUCCUGGAUCCAAACCGUAGCCCAGUGGGCUGUGCAUCCUUCAGCCUUUGCAUGGAAGAUGUUUUUAUGCUUCAGUGUUGGCACAGGAACAUACGAACUGGAAUUCAGUGGAUUUGUAUUCUGCUCUGGACGAGCUCUUUCCCAUUCCCUUGAAGAUCAGAUCACAUGACAUCCAGCACACCUGGAUCUUCAUUGCGGAUCUUAAAAACAGCCUCCCCCAACGGGGGUCGUGCCAUUGCUUGACGAAAUUUCGCUAGACCUCUUCAGUAAUCCGGAAUUGGUAUUCCAAAAUAUUCUAGGAGUAGCACUAAGCCUCCAUGUCCAUGUUUGUUGCUGUUUUGCAAUCAGUGAACCUUCUGGGGAUGCAGAUUCCUGACCUUUGGCCUUUCCAUAUGUGAAGGAUGAUACUGCAUUCACAGACACUGCUGUCCAAAAGGGCUUGCUGCCAUAAUCCUGCCACAGUGCAAAGGCUGGCUGGAGUUUCAGGGUAUGUCAUGGAACCAUCUCUUAAAAAAUGAACACCAGGGAGCCAUGAAAUACUCUGGUUAUUGCAUAGCUGCAGCCCAGCAGAAUUAAGCUCCAGGGGUGCCAGUCUUCCAAACAGCGUUGAAAUCCUUUGAACUUCGGGUUAGAGGCAACGAUGCUGUUGGGACUCAUCCUGAGUGGCUGAUGUCCUUGUGGAGAGGGCAUCCCUGUAAUCCACUGGGAGAGGCUGGCUCACUGCAGUGACUGCCUCAGGGCAGGCAGGCUCUGUUAGUUGCCUAAAGCUGCCUCUCCCUGGGUUAAGGCAGAGGAGCAGGACUUGUUUUCUGGUCAGGGUGUGCCAAGGAGACUUGUAAUGGAGGUGGAAGCUUACAGAUAAGCACCUGAACUCCUCGGGCAUGGAGAGGGUAGGAUACUAACUCCUCCUGAUGUGCUGGACAGGGAUGCUGUCUUUAGGUCAGAGGGUGGUUUUGGUGCUUUUUUAUCGGUUUUAUUAACUCCAGAGACAAAUAGUGGCAAAACUGACUCUGCAUUAAUGAUUCAGCUCGCAGACCUUUAAGCCUUUCAGUGUAAGCACUGAUUUUUUUAUGAUUUUUUUUUUUUUUAACUUGACAACCAAGCAAGUUUCAAGUGCACUAAUGACUACUCCUGAAGCCUGACAAGGAACUCGCAAGUAUAAAAGUCUGUUUUCCCAGUGUUAUGUGUACAGUAAUACCUGAAGAAUGUGUCUGUGCUCUGAAAUAAUACUGACUUUAGCAUUCGCUAAUGUAUUUUUUAAAUGGAAAUUAACUACUCCAGCAGUUUUCACCAGAUAAGGAAACUGAUUGCCAAGCUGUGCAUUUUUACCUGACACAAUUUAUCAAGCUGCAUGAUGGUCUUUGAUGUACAUACUGAACCUAUAAAUAAAUUCCCGUCCAUUGGCUUUUUC